AUGCCUAGCAACCGAAUAGGUCGCAAUCACCCUGAUGAGCCACGCGUUACUCACUACUAUGUAGAGGAGAGUGACCCUGAAUCAGAUUCAGAUUCAUGGAGUAGCGAAUCAGAUUCAGACGAAUGGAGCAGCGAGUCAGAUUCGGACGAAUCGAGUAGCGAAUCAGACUCCGAAAGUGAAUAUUACAUUACUCGCCCGAGGCGAGACGAGAGGGCUAGCUAUCAGGUCUACACCGAGCGUCCAUCUCGUCACUACCGAAAACCUAGGACAUCUCGAGAGUAUGAAUACAAACCUCUCAAAGAUGCAGAGUGUUACACUCGACUCCUCACAGUGCUGCCAUUGCGACGUAAUAUCAUUGAAUGUGAGCUUCGACGCGUACUCAAAAAGCAAGCCUAUCGAGAGGGAUACCGUGCAUUGUCCUAUGAAUGGGGCGAUUCUGAGCGUGACAAGCGCGCGAUUUAUAUUGAUGGCAAGCUACACGAAGUCACCAAAAAUCUUCAUCGAUUCCUACAGCAUGCAGCGGUGGCUCGAAUGGAAGGAACCCCCGGUUGGAACUCGGGCGUUUACUGGAUCGACGCACUUUGUAUAGACCAGAAAGACGAAAAGGAAAAGCUCACGCAGCUGAAACAUAUCCGAAAUAUCUACAGCUGUGCCUACGAGACUCUCGCAUGGCUUGGCAGCGGGCCGUCUUACGUGGCCAGUGCGGUCGGCCUUCUCGGAAACCUUCGGGAAAGCAUCCACCGAGGACCGGAGUCUGAAGAGGACGCUGUGAAUCGAUGGGCACAAAUAAUCAGGAGACGGCCUGACGCCAUUAAUGAAAAGCAGAUAAGCGCCCUGAAAACCAUACUGGACUGCCAAUACUGGACGCGACUCUGGAUAGUACAAGAAAUUGUCGCUUCAGACCAGAUGCGGUCGGCGUUUGGAAGGGAGAGAGUUCGUUUAAUUUGUGGAAGGUCUGAAUGUCCGUGGAGCUUCUUCAUGUGCCUACCGCUGGUAAUUCAGCUACAUCCCAGCCAAAGCCUCACUGCUAAGGCUCUGAUGACGAGGAUCAAAGAGACUCAACGCAUUUGGUUACUGUUCCAACUUGCGACAGGUUCGCUACGAGUGUUGACGUCUUCACAAGGAGGACGCAGGCACUUCGAGACGAAACAGCUUCCACUACCGCUAUUGAUCCACUUGACGGAGAACUCAGCUGCUACUCGUGGUGAAGACUACGUUUAUGCGUUGCUUGGACUCGCUGACGGACGUUCCCGCCAUCGGAUCAAACCCGAGAACAAUCUCACUGGAUGCGAGUUGUUGACACAAUUGAUGAGGCGCAUGUUGAAGAGCCAAGAGAAGCUCACCGACCCUGAUGAACGCGACGAAUACAAAGCAAUGGCACGAAUGGCUAGGCGGGCUCUCCAUCGGCCUUUAGACAACAGUGAACGAACUUUCAGAGAGCGCAGGGAGUGCUGUGGCACCUACUGCGAAUCGAGCAACAGCACAAAGUUGGGAGAAGGAAAAUCUGCUUACACUCGAUUCUGGGCAAGGAUGGAGUAAGAAACGCCUCCGUUUUGCUAGUAAUGAGACGAG